AAAAAAAAAAACUAAAUCUUAAAAAAAUCUUUAAACACAGCAAUGAAGUGUUGCAAUCGAUCCACUUUGGGUGUUAUCAUUGGCAGUCUUAAUGUACUGGUCUACAUUCUGGGCAUAAUUUCUGCAAUCGAUGUCAUUGUGAAAAUAAAUACAAUGAAAGAAUUGGCCAUUUUGAAAAUACUAUUCAUUGUAUUAAUAGUAGUAUUUUUUAUAAUGAUCCUUGUAUCCGGUCUACUAAUAACGGGCAUUGUAAAGAGACGCCACAAAUUGAUGCUUCCCUGGCUGAUACUUAGUAGCAUUGGUAUCGUUGGCAACUGUGCAUGGUUUGGUUAUCACAUAAUUGUUGCCCUAAUCCAAGGCAUUCCCCCGACCACAUUUAUAAUCGGAUUUCUUGCGGGUUUAGUUGGAAUUGCCUUUUCCGCUUUGAUGUUGCGGCUCAUUUCUGUUUUGUAUAGAGAUAUGCGCAAGGAGAAUAGUCAAAUGUCGGCACGAGUACUGAACAAUAGCCGAGAAACAGACAGUUCGCAAGCUGCUCAAAUUAAAAUUACAAAAAAAAAAACAAAAACAAUGAAGUGUUGCAGUCUUUCCACUCUGGGUGUCAUUAUUGGCAGUCUUCAUGUUCUGUUCUAUAUUGUGAGCACAUAUUUUGCCAGCGAUGCCAUUGUGGUAAUAAAUGCAGACAUGGAACGGAAUCCGGGGCGGCAGGAGGAAUAUGAAAUUUAUAAGACACUAUUAAUUAUAGUAAUAGUAGUAUGUUUAAUAAUGAUCCUUAUAUCCGGUCUACUCAUAACGGGCAUUGUAAACAAACGCCACAAAUUGAUGCUACCCUGGCUGAUAUUAAGUGGCAUUGGUUUCGUUAUCAACUGUGCUCGUUUCGGUUAUGACAUAAUAGCUGUCAUUUUCCUUGAUAUUUCCUUGUCUACAGCUGCAGAAAUACUGUUUAAGGAUUUAGUUGGAAUUGCUAUUUUCACUUUUAUAAUGUGGGCCAUUUAUACGUUAUACAGAGAUAUACGCAAACAUAAAAGUCUAAUAAUUGCUGUCUAGUAAUUGUUCAUAAGUUUUCUAUAUAAAUAAAUAUGUUUAUAAAUA